GACCCUGACAGCGCCGGUGACCCGGAGUCACCCUCCUCUACAGGUUCUGGUAUGGCGUCUACCUGGGAGGCCAUGAAGGACUUCUAUGUCUGGGCUCUGGAGAAUGGAGACAGUCGGACGGACCCCUGGCUCCUGAUUAACUCUCCCGUCCCCAUCAUCCUCAUUUUUGCUGUCUACCUCCUGCUUGUGGCCCUGGGGCCCCGACUUAUGGAAGGACGGGAGCCCUAUACCCUGCGCUCGGUGCUGCUAGUCUAUAAUCUCUGCCUGGUGGGCCUGUCUGUCUACAUGUUCUAUGAGUUUCUGGUGACGUCGGUGCUGGCCGGGUACAGCUACUUCUGCCAACCGGUGGACUACAGUAACAGCGAGCUGGGCCUGAGGAUGGCCAAAGUAUGCUGGUGGUUCUUCUUCUCCAAGGUCAUCGAGCUCCUAGACACAAUCUUUUUCAUCAUGAGGAAGAAGUUCAGUCAGAUCUCCUUCCUCCACGUCUAUCAUCACGCCACCAUGAUCUUCAACUGGUGGGCCGGGGUCAAAUAUGUAGCUGGAGGACAGGCAUUUUUCAUCGGCAUGUUAAACUCUUUUGUCCACAUCUUCAUGUACCUGUAUUAUGGUUUGGCAGUCCUGGGGCCCUCAGUGCAGAAGUACCUGUGGUGGAAACGAUACCUGACCAUACUGCAACUGACGCAGUUUGUGGCAAUCGCUUUCCACUCCGGCUACAACCUCUUCACAGACUGUCCAUUCCCUGACGGGUUCAACGGAGCCGUCUUUGCCUAUAUCAUUUCCCUCCUCAUCCUUUUCCUCAACUUCUACUACCAGACCUACAUCCGCCGGCCCCACAAGAAGACGCUGUGAAGAAUUCCCCGCCUCUGAAGAAUUCCCCGCCUCUGAAGAAGAGGAUGCCCCUCCCAUGCGGAGCAGAACACA